AUGUUGCGUGUGGUCAUUCUGUCGGCUCACAUACCCCCAGAAAAUGCAGAUAAGCCGGACACGUAUGUGAUUGGCUCAUUCAGAGGUCUUCCUGGGCUGAAAAAUCCCAUGGGAGGUAUUUCCUCUGAUGUCUUCUCUAACGUGGCUUCCACUCAAACCCUGGUGUGGUACCUGGAUGCCAAACCUCUGACCAGCGAUUCUUUUGUGACAGUCCAACUCCAAGACUGGAGCAUUAAAGCGGAGAACAGAAAUUACGGAUUUGCCAACAUAGCCCUGGCCAGUGCCGCGGAAAAGCCAAAGGUGAUGAUCACAGUGAAGGACCAGGUUCUGCGGGAUGAUGAGCUGAAACCGACUGGCUGCACCAUCACUGUGAGGAUUUCCUUCUUACCUCUGGAACCUGAACUGAUCCCCCGUGCAAGGAAGUAUGAUCUCAAGAGGCUGGUUUGCUGUCCCAUGUUUGCAAAGGAUUCUGCAAUGGAAGAAGCAGCUCCAAAGGAGGAGGAAGCCCCUGAAGUGCCAACAUCGACAGCGAAUAAAAAGCUUUCAAACAAGAAGCAGCCCUUCCAGGUCCGCGUUGGAAUCAUCGAAUGUCGGCAGUUGCAAGAGAACAACAUCAAGCCGGUGGUGAAGGUGAUGGUUGGUGAUCGCGCCUUCAGGACAAGAAUCAAACUGGGGAACAACCCGUACUAUAAUGAGGUUGGCUUGUUCGUACAGAAUUUUAAUGAGACUCCGCAGCAGCUCUUCGACCAGUUCAUCACCAUCCAGGUGCUGAACUCGAGAGCUAUCCGAGCUGAUUCCAUCAUAGGAGUCUUCAGGAUUGAGAUUGGGGUUGUGUACGAAUCUCCCCGUCAUGCACUCGUUGCCAAAUGGUUGAGUCUCUAUGACCCGGCGAAUCUCAACACCGGACUGAAAGGCUACGUGAAGGUCAACCUGUGUGUCCUGGGAGCAGGAGACCACACACCGGAUUUAGACCACUUAACAGAGAGUGGCGAACUGGAAUCCACCGUUCUGCAGCCUGCGGCAAUGCCAGGCACAUGCCUGGCCACCCUCCAACUCUACAUCUACAGAGCGGAGGAUGUGCCGCAGAUGCAGGAUGGCGUCACAUCUGUGGACCCUUCUCUGGAAGCAACUUUUGCAGGGAGAGUGAUGCCGCCCGUGUGUGACUUAAUCAAGCUUGCUAUCCUGGAUGGGCCUCAACAUGAUGAUGGCAACGUUCUGGGGACCACGUUUAUCAGCCUGUCCCAGAUCUCAGCCAUGGGGCCUGAAUUUAAAAGACUUGGCUGCUCCCCCCACAGCGAAAACAUCCCUGACAAUGGGCGUAUCAAAGAAAGGAGCCUCCCUCCUCCCACCAUGCACCCCUCCUUCAGAGACCCCUGCUGCUUCCUGCCCUGUUUUGGGCCAACCUUCCUGACUUUCUACAGCAGCCCAAAGGAGUUUAUGAGCCAAGUGGGCCCCCUGGGGAAACGCAGCACCGGGACAGUGGAAGGUGUGGCUUACUGCGGAAGAGUUCUGGUGGAAAUGAUGACCAGCAUGAGGGCAAUCCCCUCUCAGAGCAUAGAUAAAAUUCCCGAAGAAAGGAUCAAAAGGACCCAGUACUUUUUGCCCCAGAUCCGAUAUGGGCUCUGCGCCAUCUUUUACUCGGCUACCAUGUUGCCCGAUAUCACAGAACGAAUCCAGUUUGAGGUCAGCAUUGGGAACUACGGCAACAAAUUCGACGGGACAUGCAGACCUUGCGCCUCGACCACUCAGUACAGUGAUGCCGUGUAUGACGGUAACUUCUACUACUACUUGCCGUGGUAUGACACAAAGCCCACGGUGGCCGUCACCUCCCUGUGGGAGGACGUCAGCUACCGGAUGGCCUCGCUGAAUGUCAUGCAGCUGCUUCAGAGCAGGCUGAAGAAGAAUCUGGAUGCUCUGAGGGCCAUCAGCACGCCCAGCGACCCAUCGGUGGCCACUGCUUGGAAGAAGCUUCAGAAAGAGCUGGUGGAAGACUGCAGGAGGCCUCUGCCUGGCUUGGCGGUCCAAACACCGGCCACCCUUCUGGACCACCAGAUGAGGAAGCUGCGGAGCCAGCUCCUCCUGAAAAUCGGCAGGGCUGCAGAGAAGAUGAGCUGCAAAACCCCUCUGAAGAAAAUGAUAACGAAAGCCGAUACCUGGCUGCACCGGAUCGCCUUAGUCACGAAGGAGACUGAGAUAAGCAUCCCGGAUGUGAUUAUCUGGAUGCUUUGUGACGACCGGCGGGUGGCCUACGCGCGGGUGAAGUGCCACACAAUCAUGUUCUCCAAGGCCGGUCCCCACGCCACGGGCAGUCAGUGUGGCAAAACCCAGACCAUCUUCCUGCAGGGUGCACCAAGCGACCGGGACGCCGACAUCGUCCCCGCCCUGCUCCGGGUGCGCUUGUGGCUGGGGAGGAUGGCCGACAGCGCGGAGCUCAUGAAGUGCUGCGAAGGGAGGAUCCUCGUCUUCGCGGAGACGUAUGAGAACCAGAAGAAGACACACGGGGUAUGGGGGGUCCGGGACCUGAUGCCGCACCCCAACUUUUCCGACGUGACCGGGCAAAUCAGCCUCCCCAAGGACAGGUUCCAGCCUCCUGCGGGGUGGAAGUGGGCCGGUGACUGGGCCGUGGAGCCUCAGAGGAGGCUGCUGCUGGACAAAGAGACAAACCACACCGAAGUUCUGGAAGAAGUGUAUGAGAACCAGAGCCGGGAACCGGGACGCCGCUGGAGACCAGCCUCCAUCCCCUGCAGCAACGCAAGCGGUGCUCCUACAUUUCCAAAGGAAGAGAUCGUGUGUCCCCCCGGCUGGGUCUUUGUGGAAGACUGGAAGGUGGAGGUGAACCGGGCAGUGGAUGAUGCUGGCUGGGAGUACGGUGUUGCGAUCGCACCGGCCGAGUUUCCCCAUGCCUGGAAUGCUGCAGAGAAGACGUACCACACUCACCGACGUCGGCGCUGGCUCCGGAAGCGCUCCCGGAAUCUGGUCAGCGAGAACCGAGAACACCACAUGGCCUCUUUCCUUCAGCUGCAUUCGGACAUGAGGUCGAAAGAAGAGUCGUGGGAAUACGCCCCACUCUACGGAUGGAGGUUCCACCUGCAGCGGCAAUCCAAUGACGUCUUCCGUCGGCGAUGCUGGCGCAGGAAGCUUGUCCCGGUGGCUCCUGGCCACGGGACCCCCAUCUUCCUACUGGAGGGGUCACUGCUACGUUGCUACAUCUACCAGGCCAGGGACCUUGUAGGCGUGGCCAUGAAGGGCUCAGCAGAUCCCGUGGCGUACGUCUCUUUCCUCCACAUGAGCCAGUGCACGGAAGCCAUCACCGGCACGCUGCACCCCUGCUGGGACCAGACCCUGCUCUUCGAAAACAUCUUGAUCUAUGGCGACCCCCGAGCAACUGAGCAAGACCCGCCUUUCAUGGCAGUGGAGAUCUUUGACUAUGAUCCUACUGGCCGCUCUAGCUACUUCAUGGGGAGGACUCUGUGCACUCCCAGGGUGUGCCUGAACCUGGAAGCACGAAGGCUGCCCCGUCUGAAGAAGCACCCGGUCAGCAGGGAACGGGAGGACACGGGCCAGCUCCUGGCCGCCUUUGAGCUCCUCCUCGACAAGAAGGUCGGUCCCGGGAGGCUCCCACCGAGCUCAGCCACCUGCCAAACCACAGAUGGAUCUUUGGGAAAGCAUCCCCCUCCACCAUGGAAGGAUGGGAUUUAUAUGAUCCCUAAAGGAAUCCGACCCAUCUUGAAGUUGAUGGCCGUGGAGAUCCUGGCUUGGGGUCUCCGGGACAUGAAGAACUACAACCUGCUGGCCAUUACCAACCCCAGCCUCACUGUGGAGUGUGGAGGGGAAUCCAUUCAAACGCCUCCCAUCAAGAACUUCCAGGAGAACCCCAACUUCCCAAUUAAUAUCUACCUCAUGAAAGUGUACUUACCAGUGGAUGAAGAUUACGCUCCUGCGAUCGAACUGAAAGUGACCGAUCACAGGGACUUCGGGUACAAGCCAGUGGUGGGCCAUGCAACCGUGAGAUCCAUGAACCAGUAUUAUUGCGACCCGUGGGAGGAAAGGAAGGCCCACGCCUUACCUGCCCGAGCCAUUUCCAAGGUGAAGAACAAAAUGAUGGCAAAGAGUGACGAGGAGGAGGAGGUUGACUGGUGGAGCAAGUACUAUGUUUCAGUGGGAGACCUGGCCAAGAGUGGAAAUUACCUGGAGAGAGGCUUUGACAACGUAAAGAUCUACAACUGUGAGCUGGAGGAAGUGCCCGAGUUCCAGGGCCUCCAGGACUUCUGCCAGACCUUCCGGCUGUACCGAGGACGGGUGAAAGAUGACGACCCCGUGGUGGGGGGUGAAUUCAAGGGGCUUUUCCGGAUCUAUCCACUCCCAGAAGACCCCAACAUCCCACCUCCCCCGCGCCAGUUCCAGGAGAUUCCUGAAAACACCUCGCAGGAGUGUCUGGUCCGGGUUUACAUUAUUCGGGCCUUUAACCUCCAGCCGAAGGACAGAAACGGCCUGUGCGACCCCUACGUCAAGAUCAGGCUGGGGAAGAAAAAGGCCGGUGAGCGCGAGGAUUAUAUUCCGAACACCCUGGAACCAGUCUUCGGGAGGAUGUAUGAGCUCCUGUGCUCCAUCCCCUUGGAGAAGGACCUGAAGAUCACCUUCUGCGACUUCGACAUCUUUCCCCCCGAUGACGUCAUCGGGGACAUCACCAUCGACCUGGAGAACCGGCUGCUCUCCCGCCACGGGGCCAGCUGCGGCCUCCCCCAGUCGUACUGUGUUUCUGGCCCCAGCCAGUGGCGAGAUCAGCUCCUUCCCAGUGAGCUGCUGGAGAAUUAUGCUCGAUCCAAAAACUUAGCUCAGCCCGAGAUAAGGGAAGAUGGGAGCAGAGCCAUUUUCAAGGGCAAGACCUACCACCUGUCCGACUUCGAGGCCCAGGUCCCGGCACACGGGCGGCUGGGGCCCGCCAAGGAGCGCCUGGCCCUGCACCUGCUCCACGCCUGCGGGCUGGUGCCCGAGCACAUAGAGACACGCACCCUGCACAGCGCGGCCCACCCAGGGUUCGAGCAGGGUAAAGUGCAGAUGUGGGUUGACAUCUUCCCAGAAAGCUUGGGGGAGCCAGGGCCCCCUUUCGACAUCACCCCAAGGACUCCCCAGAGGUACGAACUUCGCUGCAUCAUCUGGAACACCAAAGAUGUGGACCUGGAAGACACCAAUAUUUUUGGAGACCGGAUGAGUGACAUUUAUGUGAAAGGGUGGCUGGAUGGCCUAGAAGAGGACAGUCAGAAGACGGACGUCCAUUACCGAUCUCUGGCGGGUGAAGGCAACUUCAACUGGCGCUUCGUGUUUACCAUGGACUACCUGCCGAUGGAACAGGUCUGCGUCCUCACCAAGAAGCAACACUUCUGGAGCCUGGAUGAAACCAUGCAAAAAGUACCCCCGAAACUCAUCAUCCAGAUCUGGGACAAUGACAAAUUCUCUGCUGACGAUUUCCUGGGCAUUCUGGAAAUGAACUUGACCAAGAUCCCACGACCUGCUAAACGGCCACGCGACUGCACGGCGAAGAUGCUGAUGGAGGACAGCGCCGCCCCCGCCACCGCCUCCUCUUCGCCUUUGCACCGCCACAAAGAAAAGCACAUUUCCUUGUUCGUGCAGAAGAACCUGCGGGGCUGGUGGCCGUGCAUCGUCUUCGAGAAGGACAAGCCCCGCGUGUCGGGCAAAGUCGAGAUGACAAUCGAGCUGCUGACUGAAGCGGAGGCUGAAGAGAGGCCGGCUGGGAAGGGGAGGGACGAGCCCAACAUGAACCCCUGUUUGCAGCCACCCGAGAGGCCGGAGACCUCCUUCCUGUGGUUCACAGCCCCGCUGAAGAGCCUCCACUUCAUCCUAUGGCAGAGAAGCAAGUGGAAGAUCUUCCUGGCUCUUUUCAUUGCACUUGUCCUCUUCCUCUUGGCGCACUUCAUCUAUUCAGCCCCCGGCUACCUGGCCAUGAAGCUGAUCAAUCCACUGAAAAGUUUAAAGCCCUCAACAUUAGAACCGCCUCCCAGGGGGGGCAUGAAUAUGUCUCCCCAGCCGCCUCUGCCAAUUCCCCAACUGGAACGGAACCUGUCCAUUUGA